CAACUGCGCAUGCGUACUUUAUCUCAGCGCGUGCCGUUCUCGCGAGAUCUAGACGUCAGUAUGGCGGUGCUCCUUGAAACAACGCUGGGGGAUAUUGUGAUAGAUUUGUUCACGGAGGAGAGACCGAAAGCGUGUCUGAAUUUCCUGAAGCUCUGCAAGAUUAAAUACUACAACUACUGCCUGUUCCACAAUGUGCAGAGAGACUUCAUGGCUCAGACUGGAGACCCCACAGGAUCCGGACGUGGUGGAGAGUCUAUCUACAGUAAGCUCUAUGGAGACCAGGCCCGUUUCUUCGAUGCUGAGAAGGUGCCCCGCAUCAAACACAAGAAGAAGGGAACGGUCUCCAUGGUGAACAAUGGAAACGACCAGCACGGAUCUCAGUUUCUCAUUACAACAGGGGAGAAUUUGGACUACCUGGACGGAGUUCAUACCGUGUUUGGAGAAGUGACUGAAGGGAUGGACGUCUUGAAGCAGAUCAACGAGACCUUCGUCGACAAGGAUUUUGUCCCGUUUCAGGACAUCAGGAUAAACCACACGGUGAUCCUGGAGGAUCCGUUUGAUGACCCUCCUGACCUCCCGGUGCCGGAUCGAUCCCCUGAGCCCACAAAGGAGCAGCUGGAUAGCGGCCGCAUCGGAGCAGACGAAGCGAUUGACGACACAGAUGGGAGGAGUGCAGAGGAACUGGAGGAGAGGCUGAAGGAGAAAGAGGCCAAGACUCAAGCCAUCCUGCUGGAGAUGGUGGGCGACCUCCCCGAUGCAGACGUGAAGCCUCCAGAAAACGUUCUGUUCGUGUGCAAACUCAACCCCGUCACCACAGACGAAGACCUGGAGAUCAUCUUUUCUCGCUUUGGGACCAUCAAAAGCUGCGAGAUCAUCAGAGACUGGAAAAGCGGGGACUCGCUGUGCUACGCCUUCAUCGAGUUUGAGAAGCAAGAAGAUUGUGAGAAGGCGUACUUCAAGAUGGACAACGUGCUCAUCGACGACCGCCGGAUCCACGUGGACUUCAGUCAGUCAGUCGCAAAGAUCAAGUGGAAAGGAAAAGGUGGGAAGUACACUAAAGAGGACUUCAAAGACUACGAGAAGGACCUGGAGAGCCGAUCCAAACUGACUCUGAAGGAUCAAGCGAAGCCGAAACAAGACUCCAAGUAUGACCUUGUGAUUGAUGAGGACGAUGAGGUGACAAGCUAUCGGCAUUCUGAGAAGAAACACAAGAAGCACCACCAUCAUUCUGACGAGGAGGACAGCAGGAAGUCCAAGAAGCACAGGGGCGGCGACGACGGCAGACAUGACAGGAAGUCCGGCCGCCAGCGCUCCCGCUCUCGCUCCAGAGACCGGGACCACAAGCACAGAAAGUCUCGGGGCAAACACGAGAAAGACGAUCAAGACCGAUCCCACCGCAGCCACAGCCGCUCCCCAAAGAGGUCCAGAAACGAGGACAAGACUCGGUUCCGAUGAACCGUGGAGUCAAUCCCACGAAGUCAAUCGAACACCCUUAACUCUGCAUCAGGAAAUGUCUGCAUUUGAUUCAGAAAUAAAGUUUUGUACAUCAAAGA